AUGGAGUUGCGUGGUGACGUCGUUUCACACCCUGCCGAGCUGCCACUCCCCGACAUUGCGACGUUGAUGAAGCGGUACAUCGAGUUUGUGGAGCCGCUGGAUGGGGUUGCUGGAAAGGAAGCCAACAUGGAAUUUGCUCGGCGGGUAAUACGGGGUCUUUCGGAAAGUGACGGUGAAGUUUCUCCCGAGUGGCGCAGUAUUCUGGAAUAUUUUCGCUUUUUGGAGUCCCUUGCAAGGAAGUACAAGCGGGUGUGUAACACCUCGCUGCGAACCUCGCAUAUCGCGCCUUUGUGGAAUUCGUUGUAUCUCUGCAACCGGGAUCCACUGCCCUUUGGAUGGAAUUACACGCUAUAUCUUGAUGCGCCAUCGCUGGAGCAGCCUUGUCAGCAGCUCAACAUAUCGUUACCGGCUUUCCGGGCGGCGAUUAUUGGGGCGGCAUCAUUUCACGUACGCCACCUUGUUCAGCAACCACUUUUUUUUACACCAGAAGGGCAAAAACGUCUUCCAGAGACCUGCCGUGUGGAUUUGAAACUGUGCCGCGACCAAUUUACGCGACUACUUAGCACUGUGCGUGUUCCUCACUUGGGCGUGGAUGGGUUGCGUUGGUCUCGUACCAACAAGGUGCUAAUACUGCGUAAGGGACACCCGUUUGUGUUGGAUUGGAUCCGCCUCGACAACCAGGCCAGGGUAAGUGAUUUGGGUGCACGGUGGUUAGAGGAAGUGGUCGCAAAUGCGCGUCUCAUUGACGCGUUACUUCGCGAAACGUCCACUAUAUCUCGGCAAAGAGAAAGUCCUUUGGUGCUGUCAAGCGGGUGCCGUGGAACGUGGGCGCGUAUUUUUGAGCAGUUAUGGAAGGAUCAGACUUCAAAGGCUGCCUUGGAUGCUAUUACGUCCUGCAGCUUUGCAAUCUGCAUUGAUGAAGAGGUGGAUCUUGCUUUGCCUUUACAUGGCGGAAAAUACCCUGAGAAUCGUUACCCCGAUAUCAAUGUGGCAUACAUUGUGGAUCCCGCAGGUGGUGCCAGCUGCAAUAUUGAGCAUUCGUGGGGUGAUGGUAGCACCAUGUUGCUGGUUUGCGGCAUGAUCGCUCAUUACUCACAAUCAUUUUGUAAGCAGGACUUUGCCCUGAAUCAAACUACAUGGAUGAACGUGUUACCAGACCAUGCUGCACACGUGAAGCCUGUUCACUUUGGUCCAUUAUCCAAAGACAUCCUUAAAGCGAUCAUGGAGUGCCGCCAGGCCCAUCAUCGGCGCGUGAACGAAACCGAACUGACUGUGCGGCAUGUUUGUUCAAUUGGAACGAGUGAAGUUAAGCGGUUCUGUCGCGUGAGUCCGGAUGCCUUUGUGCAUGCCGCAUUUCAUCUUGCCCAGCAACGGGUCUUUGGGGACCAACGGUCAACGUAUUGUGCCCUGCUAAUGAAAAAGUAUCACCAUGGACGCACGGAAACCCUGCGCACAGUAACACAUGCAACCCAGGCAGUAGCAGAUGCAGUGACUUGUGCACGCAAUAAAAAGACAUUUAACGCGGCGGUUGCGGCAGCGUUGCAAAAGGCGAGCCAAGAACAUUACCGACGCAUUACGGUGUGUCGUGCAGGAAAUGGGUUCCAUCGGGCUGUGACGCUCCUGCGGCGUCUACACGACGAGGCAAGAGAACGGUUAACAUCUGAAGCCUCAUCACCGUGCACGCAUCCUUUUGCCAAGGCCUCCGCCACUGUUGAGGCUCUGUUUUUUGAAUCAUCUGCGCUUCGAGAGCUCUCAUACAAUUAUCUUUCAACUUCCAACAUAUCGGGCAGUGGCAUUUUAGCUUUUUGCUUCACAGCGACACAUCCUGAUGGCAUUGGAAUUGGGUACUCGCUUUUUCCCGAUCACCUGACGUUUUCCUUUUCAGUAUUCAAAAACUGCGGACGCCCAUUGAAGGGUGCAUGGAAAAACAAACUAAAAGAGGCCGCUGUGGAGGAGGGGGGAAGACGUGUGUGUGAGCUGUAUGCUGACACAUUGGAACAUUCUGUUCGCGACCUGUAUCGUCUUUCAGCUGUGCUGCCUCUUGCCAAGCUGUAG